AUGCAGGCCGUCGUCCAGCGACAGCCGUUAACGCGAUUUCUUGCCACUGGAGCACCCAUCGCCGAAGAGAGCAUUGACACGCCCAUCGACCAGAUUCCCUCUGCAGAAGCUCGCGAAAGAGUGUCAACUACUAGAAACGCCCUCCCCAAUUCCCAACAAGGUUUCAUUUUCAAGAAGUCUCAAGAAAACUUCGAACGCAUCACCCUACGUCGCCUCAUCCAGAUUCGCGAUGGCAACCCGGAGACGGUGCAGUUAUGGCUGGCUUUUCUCCAAAAACACGCAUACUAUGGCAUUGGUAUGAAGGCCAACAUCUGGGACUUUGGCAAGCUAGGUAGGAUCUCGCGUGAGACGUCUACUUGCGCAAAUGUUGACGUUCUUCAACCAGGUGAAGGAAAGUCGAUGGAUGCCAUCUCCGAACACGCACUUGGGGCUAUCGAACCGAAGUGGGAACAACUGAGCCAGCUCAGAAGUCUGGACACGGUCGAGAAAGUUGAGGAGUUCCUGGCCACCUCGCGGUUUAAUACCGAUAGUGGUAAGCGGGCGGAAGGACAGCGCCGCUUCGUAAAGGAACAGUUUAAAAGAGAAAAGAUGAUGAAGAGAAAAGAGGCUGAGUGA